AACAUUAACUCAGACUGGCUCGUCUUGUUUGCCCUGAAGCUCCACUGAGUUGUGCCAAGGGCAGUACCCAAGACUGCUUAAGAGUCUGGGCUCUGGGCCGAAGGUCCCCAGGCAUACAAUGCUCUGGAUGUUCACACAGACUCUCAAUCCAACAUCUUAGCCCGGAGUCGGCUGAAUUAGUUCUUCUGGCAGGUGCCUCUCGCUGUCCACUCAGCCAUGUCGUCCUGCAGCCGCGUGGCCCUGGUGACCGGGGCUAACAAGGGCAUCGGCUUCGCCAUCACGCGGGACCUGUGUCGGAAGUUCUCGGGGGACGUGGUGCUCACCGCGCGCGACGAGGCGCGGGGCAAGGCGGCGCUGCAGCAGCUGCAGGCGGAGGGCCUGAGUGCCCGCUUCCACCAGCUGGACAUCGACGACCGGCACAGCAUCCGCGCCCUGCGCGACUUUCUGCUCAAGGACUACAGGGGACUGGACGUGCUGGUCAACAACGCGGGCAUUGGCACCUGGCCCAAGAAUAAGCCACCAAGUAGGAAAAGUGACUUCUUUAAGAGCGCCCAGCCAGGCACGGAUCCUACCCACUUCCACAUCCAGUCAGAAGCAGCAAUGAAAACAAACUUUUUUGGUACCCGAGCUGUCUGCACUGAGCUCCUCCCUCUAAUAAAACCCCAAGGCAGAGUGGUGAAUGUGUCGAGCGUCAUAAGUCUUGAUGUCCUGAAAAACUGCAGCCGGGAGCUGCAGCAGAAAUUCCGAAGCGAGACCAUCACUGAGGAGGAGCUGGUGGGGCUCAUGAACAAGUUUGUGGGAGACACGAAGAAGGGGAUUCAUGAGAAAGAAGGCUGGCCUAACAGUGCGUAUGGCGUCACCAAGAUUGGGGUGACGGUCCUGUCCAGAAUCCACGCCCGGAAACUCAGCGAACAGAGGAGAGGGGACAAGAUCCUCCUCAACGCCUGUUGCCCAGGGUGGGUGAGAACGGACAUGGCGGGACCAAAAGCCACCAAGAGCCCAGAGGAAGGAGCAGAGACCCCCGUGUACUUGGCCCUUUUGCCCCCAGAUGCAGAGGGGCCUCAUGGGCAGUUUGUUCAAGAAAAGAAAGUAGAACAGUGGUGAACUCAAUCAACUUUCCCCUCUUCC